CUCGCUUGAUCGAGGACACAAAAAACUGCGAGAUCCAGGAGAAGGACAGCGCCCAGAAUCUCUGUAGACCUCCACUAACUCAGGACUCCGCAGUGGGAAUGGCUCGGUGACACUCUCCGGACCAGCGCACACACGCACUCCGAGGCAAUUUCCCCCGCCUUUGAGAAGAUCCUCUCACAAGGCACUGAAGAGGCCGGUGUGCACAACACCUGUGUGGCCAAUAUAAAUAGGACAUGUCCUUUGGCUUGUGGAGGCCUCAAUGCGACAGUGGACUCUCCAGACAUGCUUCAGUAGUGACUGGGUCUCUCCAGUCGGCAGCACUGUUUGAUCCAAGAGGAACGUGCCUUGUAAGGAAGCAGGAUGUUCACAGGCUCCACCAAACUGCCCCCCGCUAAAACCCCUCAGCCCGAGCGGCUGGACGAGGUGUACGCCGCCUUACGCAGGGGCUUACAGUCGUACCUGCAGGUCCAUCAGCUGGAGCUGGACAGUUUGGGUCAACAGAUCAGAGAAAACAAGAGGAAUGGUCGUCUGGGCUCUUUGUACGAGCAGGACAAGCAAGUGAAAGCCAUCGAGCGGUUCAUGCGACGCCUGGAGUUCCACCUCAGCAAGGUGGAAGAGCUGUAUGAUGCGUACUGCAUACAGCGACGGGUGCGAGACGGAGCCAGUAAAAUGGUGGCGGCGUUUAACUCAGCUACCGGCAGCAGAGAGGCCAGAGAGAGUCUGAGUGAAGCAAACAAAGGUUACAGAGAAUGUACCGAGCACAUGUGCUCACUGGAAAGUGAGUUAGAAAGCCAUAUGGGAGAGUUUCACGUGAAGAUGAAGGGGCUCGCGGGGUUUGCACGUCUCUGUGCUGGGGACCAGUAUGAGGUGUUGAUGCGUUAUGGGCGACAACGCUGGAGGCUACGGGGUCGCGUAGAGGUCAGCAACAAGCAGGUCUGGGACAGUGAGGAGUACAUCUUCCUGCCUCUGGUCACAGAGCUACUUUCAAUCAAGGUGACAGAGUUGAAGAGCUUGGCCAAUCACGUGGUGGUGGGCAGCGUGUCCUGCGAGAUGCUUGACCUCUUCUGCCCACUUCCCCAAACCCUGGCUGUGGACAUCAACGACCUCGGAACCGUGAAGCUGAACUUAGAAGUUACCUGGAGUCCGUUCGACAAAGACGAUCAGACAUCGUCCACCAGUACAGUUUCCAAACGUCUGCUGUCCAAUCAGAGUCCUCCUGACACUCCGUCCAUGCGAGAGCAGGUGUUUUAUUCCCUGCUGAAGCGCCAGGGUGAACUUGACAACGGCACCGUCUGGUCCAACUCCUCUGAGUCUUCCGACGACUCCUCCAGUCCGGCGCUCGCUCACCCGGCCCAAAGACUGUCGGCCUCGAACCUGCUGCAAGCCACUCUGAGCACGACUCAGCUGUCAUCCACACCCAGGAAGUCCAGCGCCUCCACGCCGUCGCUGUCUUCUAACCAGGAGGAGGAUGAGUCGGAGGUCAGCGAGCCGCUCUCUCAGAUAGACGCCGUGCCAAAUGGACAUCUGCAGACUUCAUGCAGCCAAGUGCGAGAGAGAAGUCCAGAACACGGCGCGACGGACAGAGCGUCGGUCCAGUCAGCUGACCUUUCUGAAACCUCAGAGCUGAGCUGCUCCAGCUCCGAGGUUUUACCUGCUGCUCCUGCGUCAUUGGAGGAGGGAGCAGAUGGACCGGACAGUGGAACCGGACCAGCCGAACCCUGUGAGGCUAAACUGACCGCGGCUGAGAGCGGGAACACGGUGACAGCAGAGGGGCCUGAAUCAUCUCAACAGGAAUUAAAACCUCCAGAUGAAACGGUUCCCUUUCCCACGUCCACCAGCUUCAUUCAGGAAGUGGAGACGGCGCUGGAAAGUUUCGACUUUCUCAACUGCUCUGAUUUGGAGGACAAUGACGAAGAGGAGGAGAAAGAGGAAGAAGACGAAGCACAGGAAAAUGAUGACGAUGAGGAGGAGAAAAAGGAAGAAGAAAUGAAACAGGUCGACGAGGAGGACAAAGAGGAAGACACAGAAGAAGAGGAGAAACAGGAAGAUGAGCCAGAAGAGAAAGACACAACAGUGAAUGAAGAAGAGGUGAAGGAGGAGCAGGAAGAGGAGGAGCUCAUCAAAGACCAAAGCCAAAUAGAGAACAUGGAAGAGGAGGAGAACGUGAAGAAGUUCUUCUGUGCAGAAAGUGACGAUGAGGAGCAGGAGGAAGGGGACGGCGGCGGUUUGGAAAUUCUGAUGGAAGCUCCAGAGGGGUUUAGGAACUCAGAUGAAGAUCGUUUCUCAGAAUCACAGCAGGAAUCAAGUGUCUGCGACUUGGAAGAUUUGAGUCAGGUGGAGCUGCCGGACGAGGAGGAGGAGGAGGAAGAGCAGGAGGAGAAAUGUGAGAACGCUGAAGAGAGGAGCUGAUCGGCUCCAGCAGUAGAGGUUCAUGUGACCAUCUGUUCACUCGGCUGCUUUAAAUUAAAAUUGUUCACGAGAAGAAGAUGCAUCACAUGAUCACCCCCCCUCCUCCACCUCCCCACCCACUCCCUCUCACUUGGCUCCAAGUGUGUUCUAAUAACCGAGUGGAUUCACGUCUGAAUCAUCCUCCGUGUUCCGACUCAUUCCUCCCACUCGCCGCGGUCUCGGCUCGCUGAACAUGUUCCUCUGACAAACAAGCUCUGCCACUGUGGCCGAGUUUGUGCUCACAUUUGCCUUCUGGUUCUGACCAAGAACGUUAAAAAAAAAAAACAAAAAAAAAACUCAGCCUCCAUCUUUUUGACACCAUCACGUUGCCUUGGUAACGCCAGAGUCCCGCAGCGUUUACACGUCCUGUCAUGUUCAAAGAGUCCACGAAGAAGCCAGAAACAUUCUGUGACUCCAAAGCCAAAUCUUUUUUUUUUUUUUGAAACAGUAUUUGCUGACGCAGUGUUAAUUCCGUAAACGUCCCGGAGAUCCUGGAAAAAGUACUUUCGAGGAGCGCGUGAUGAGUGUGCUAUUUGUAUCCCUGAGAGCUCUGGUGCUGAGGGGAGCUCUUUAAGAGCCGAAUGUAUCCUGGAAACCAGCGGGUCCCCGACACUUCACCAUCAUUUCAGCAUAAACACGAGCCUCCAGUUUGGACAAGGUUUUACAAACAUUCAAGCAGUUUGCAGUGUAGAAGUAUAAUCAAGCGGCAUGUGUCACUGCCUCUCACUGCCGGCGUGUUUGUGUUUUAAGCUAAUGCUCCUCGUGGAGACGCCUACAGGUCUGCAGCAAACGCGAGUCGCCUCAGUGGGGCGCUACAGUCUCUCGUCGUCGUGCUUUACAUUGAUCUACGCGCCUCUUCAUUCAGAAAUAAAGUGCCUCAAGAGAUGUUGACAUGGGUGAAUGCCACAGCCGGAGAGGUCUGACGAAAGGUUUAUUUUCUCAAUAUCUUUUGGAGUGUGCACAGAGAUAUUUACUGUUUCAUAUAAAGAAGUGUAUAUGUCCGAAAUGUUUAUGUUCAGAAAUGUUAAUUCUUUAUAAAGCUUUCUUUCAAA